AUGCAAAAUCUGACUGAACUUCCUGUCAAUGCAACUUCCCAAAGAAGCCUCUCUGUAAUCAUAAAGGUGUGUGUGGUUAUCCCCUUCUUCUGCAUCUUCCUCUGCUGCAUUUUUGUCAUGCUGUACAUCUUUGCCUCUCACAGGCAGUUCAUGGACAGUUCACGUUACAUCCUGUUUGCACACAUGCUGAUUAACGACACCCUUCAGCUCCUCUCCUCUGUGAUGCUCUUCCUCUUUGUUAUGGGUCGAGUUAAUUUUGCCAUUGUGUACUGUGUCCCCAUGCUCCUCAUAUCCACUGCCACUUUCCAGAACACACCUUUAAUCUUGGCUGCCAUGUCACUGGAGCGUUAUGUUGCCAUCUUCUAUCCCCUGCACCGCCCGACUGCCUGGCGCUCAGACCGUAUCUGGAUCAUUGUUUUAUCUCUGUGGUCCAUCAGCUUCGUCUUCCCCAUCAUUGAGUAUUUACUAGGAAGGCAAGAUCCUGCAGUGGAUGUUUUCUCUACCCCUGUGGUUUGCAAAACUACUGCUGUCAACUCAUCUCCAAUCCAGAGACUGUUCAGAGCUGCUGUAAAUGUGCUUUUCUUUGCAGUGGUUGCUGUUAUCAUCCUCUUCACCUAUGUGAGAAUCCUGCUGGAAACCAGGAAGCUGCGGCAGGACAAGGUGUCGGUGAACAAAGCCAUGCACACCGUGCUGCUGCACGGCUUUCAGCUGCUUCUUUGCAUCUUGGCCUUCACUCACCCUGUCACUGAAAUUCUCAUAACGAUGAGCUCAAACUGGCUGGCGGAGGACAGCGCCUUUUUAAAUUACUUCUGUUUCAUCCUCAUCCCUCGUUUCCUCAGCCCGCUCAUCUACGGCUUCAGAGAUCAGAGUCUCAGGGCCCACAUUAGCAAAACAUUCCACUCCUCCUCAAAAAAAGUCAGACCUCAUGUUGGACACUGAUUUAGUUCACACUCAGAUAUAAAGGGCACACAACAGAAGUU